CCUCCCGUGGAACGUUCCCCGCUGGGCAUCCUCUUCUCGGUCGUGGCGUUCUCCUCGACGCUGCAGUCAUCUCGAAGAGUCCCUUCGCGAAGGUAACGCGCGAGUGUCAGCUAUCUUGUGGAUCAACUGCUGUAGUGAACGGUUUAGUCGAAGAAGAAGACAGGAUGAAAUCGAUCGGGAGACUCGUUUGCCUUGUAUGGGUGGCUGCGCUCGGAGCCUGUGUCCUCGGGCUCCAACGGCCACCACCCAGGUACUCGCAACAGUACAUGCCGGAAACUUCCUUCACUUGUCGCAAUAAGAUCGUAGGAAGCUAUUACGCCGACCCAGAGACUGACUGUCAAGUCUUUCACGUCUGUGUGUCCGUGUCCGGCACUAUUCAGGAUUACAAGUUCUUGUGUCCCAACGACACAGCGUUCGACCAAGAAAGCCAAACCUGCGCGGACUGGUACGACGUCGACUGCGAGGCGGCCACUCUGUACUACGCCAGCGAUAAUUUUGACCUGUACAGAUUAGGAUCCGGCCUGGAGUCGCUUCACUACGAUAGCAUACGCAGCGACGCCGAGCCCCAAGACCAUCUUCAACGGUCUGAAACGAGUGACCCUGUUCGUUCGUCGGCCAACACUCUCAACAGAGUGUCGUCGGGAAGCUUUAACGCCAACAGGGAUCUCCGAGGCAGCAGCAGUGGCAAUUUUUACAAUAAUAGAAACGGCAAGGAUGAGGAUUAUGAGAGCGAGAAAACCUACAAAGACGAGAUUGUUCAAGAAAAAAAGAAGACCGGAGUGAGAAAGGUCAGCAGGAAACAGCAGUACAAUGACAAUGGCAACAACAAUUACGUAGCAUCCAGCACUGCUGUACCUGCCGCUGCUCCUGCUAAUCAGAACACUUAUACCGGCUUCUAUAGUGGUAAUAAUUACAAUCAGCGAGCCAAUGGUUUCGUAUCGUCGACCAGUGCCAGGCCUCUAGAGAAUUUCAACAGGAAUCAACAAAAUACGCAGAGAUAUAACACGCCGUCUUCGACGUACAGGCCCAGCACCAAUUAUCAGAAUAAUUACAACUUCCAGUCUCCUAGCACGACGACCAAAACGACCAUUUACAACGCUUACAACACCAAUUCCAAUUACAACCAACAAAAUACCGGUGGCUUCAGUCAGAGUACCACGGUGAAGCCGACCAGCUAUAAUAAGAAUUACAAUCAGAAUUAUAAUAACGGCGCGCAGUUUACGCAAUCCACAACCUUGCAACCUAGCACCAAUUACCAGCCAAACGAUUACACAAACUACCAGAGAAAUUACAAUAAUAUUCAACGUACAAAUAAUAACGUACCUUAUCAGUCUACCACUGCUACACCUACCGUCUACGAUAAUAAUUAUAAUAACAACAACAACAAUAAUUACAAUAACAACAAUAAUAAUGGACAGUACAGAAGUAGUACAACCAUCAAGCAGGAUGUCUCUCAACCAACCACUAAAUACUUCCCUAGUUUUGCAAGCAGCAGUUACGCCCCUACUACAUAUAGCCCAGCCACGAAGAAGUAUAUUCCUAAUGACAAUGCCCAGGCUCAAACAGCUGUGAGGACCAGCGAAAGCGGACAGUACUACGAAAAAUCUAACCAACCUAUCAAAAGUUCGUCUCAAUACUACGACAGCACCAAAGCAUCGAAGAAAGCCACGCAAUACAACAAUUACGAUGGAACAAAUGGGAAAUACUACACCGAAACCAGCACCGGAAAUUACGAUCUAGCAAGGUCUUCGGUUGGAAUUGGAUUCAGCCCUGCUAGUAUCAAUCAUUUGGCUGAAACACCAAGGUCUACGACUCCGGUACCAAGGAGAAUUUCUACAGCCACCACGUACAAUCCCAACAAUUUCAACUCUAAUACCCAAAGAUCGUCACAAUCACCAACAACUCCUAGGGAAAGUACUUAUGUUAGUGGGUCUGCCAGACCGUUUUCGUCCACGACGAGGCUACCUAGUACCACUACAACGCGGCCAAAAUCUGGGAAAAAAAAUGACUACGACUAUGCCUAUUAUGAUAACACUGCUGGACUAGAAUACGAUAGUCUGGAUCUGGAACACGUAACCGGAAACAAGGAAUCAACGAAGAUCGCAAGGAAUUGAUUCUUUUUGCUUUAAUCGAAUCCUUUGAGAACACACAUCUAUGCCACACGAUUGAAUAGGUUCAAUUUCCGCGAAGCUACGGAACUUGCUGAAUUUAUGAAUAAUAGUGGCCAGUGUAUUUGUCAAAAUCGGCUUUCGAUGAUAGUAGAAGAAGAAUAUAUUGAAAACCGGUUUUGUUGUAAAGAGUAGAUCGCCUUAAGUAUAAUAUAAAUAGCGAUUUCUUAAAAUCUAAUAAUAACGAGUAUGUAUUUCGAUAGAUCUGUUCUCUUUCUCUGAUUUGUUUUUACAGUAUUGUAGGUUAAAGAAUUAUGCGAGUGGAAAGUCCUUUUGCGUUAGAAAUUACUAUUUCUAAUUUAUCGAUUAUCCUGAAAUUAUUGUUGUUACUGAGAAAAUAUUAUCUUAUUAAUAACGCAAUUUUCUUAUCGAAGUUUGAUGUCUUUUGUACAUAUAAUAAAAGAUGGUUUAAAUCUAACGAUAACGUCACUAUUCGCAUACUAAAAUCUGCGGACUGAGUGUACAUAUUAUAUGUAUUUUAAUAAAAAAGCA